UGCUGUCCUUCUCGCUCACGAAGCGAGGGCAUAUAAGGUGGGAUGCUGUGGCCUCCGCUUCAUCAGUACCAAACAAACACACACGUCAAGUCCACCGUGCCAGUUAAGUUUGAUCAUCAUGAGGCUUGAUAAUAUACACAUUUUUUCUUGCGUUCUUCUUACGCUCGGAUUUUUUAUCCUGUCGGAGUGUGCGAAAAGAAAUCUGAAAGAUACGUUGAACGAAUUGGAUGAUAUAAAGAAGAACGAAGAGGUUGUUGAUGCAAAAAGCAAAGUACAAGAUAGUACGGAGGAUGAUCCACCGCCUGAAAAAGAAUUACCUAUUUUGCCACCUUUGAUUCUUUUGGAUUUUAAUAAUGAUACGAUCGAUGCUAAUACGACGACCGAAGAAAAAUCUAAACGUACGGUUAACAAUGGAUUGGGUUAUGGAUUUGAAAGAAAUUCAUUGUUUUCGGGAAAGACUAAUUAUUAUUUUCCUGCUGGUAAAUCUGGAACGACCGUAAGCAUCGAAGAAUCGAUUAGUCCGUUUCUACCAAGAACGAUAAUCGAAAAAUACAUUCCAAAUAAUCACAAUCUAAAGGAAACUAAUGGAUUUUCGAAUUUACGAACAUCUCAAACCAAUUUCGGAUCCAAUACGAAAGUUCAAAAAGCUACAAAUUAUUAUGACACGGUCGAUUCGAAUUAUAGAGGAAAAACUGAAAGAUUGCAAUCUUCUACUCCAUCUUCCGUUUCGUCGAGCACUCAACUACCACAGAAUCAUUUCGAUUCGAAAUCCUCGAGAUAUUUGCUUUCGAAUUUGAAUAUUCCAUCGUAUCAGUCUACCAACUUCAAUACAGAUUUCAAUGGACAAAGAGGAAAUAUAUUUCGUCCAACUGUCCAAACUUACGUCGAACGAGGUCAAAACGUAUUUCAACCGACCACUACAUCUACUACACAAAUCGAUGACUCGCAAAUAUUUAGUGUGGACUAUACUCCUCAUCGAUCUGCUGAACAGUCAGCAAGUUAUUUCGGAUUAAAACAGAAUGAUUUUCGAGGUAUAUCUUCUUCUUUGAGUCAAUCCAAUCGUCAAUCUGUUAAUUAUAACGACGUUAAUUCUCAGAAUUAUAACGAACAAAGACAAAAUAAAAUGGUCUCAACAACGCCAAGUUCAUUUGACAUAAAUUCACAAAGUUACAGAUACUUACAGAAUAUAUUUAAUCCUACUGCUAAUCAACCGUUUUACAAAGGACAAAGACAAAAUUUCGGAAUUACGUCACAAGAUUCAUUGAUUUCUAAUAUUCCAGACUUUAAUAGAAACAAUUAUCGAAUUUAUAACGAUCAACGACAGAACGAUCGUGCUAUAUUUACGACACCGAGUUCGGUCGAUGGAAAUUACGAAUUCGUCAAAAAAUCCACGACUCUGGCUAAUCUUCCAAGAUAUACGGUAGAAAAUGGUGUACAAUACGAGAAUAAAAUAUUUUGGAAAUAUCCAGACGGUAGAAUAUCUCACGAUCCACCAGCCACUUACGUAGAGACUUACAUCGAAGACUCAACGAUGAGUCCGAAAGUUUCGAAACUUCAUGAAAGUUAUGUUGAGACAUCUACAGAAAAUAGUGCCAAUGCUCAAGGUCCAAUACAGUUUCCAAUAUCACCGGAGUUACCCUCGCAAGAAAAUCCAUUUGUCUCGUCUGAUUCUUUGUCUUCUAAUUUAUCGCAUCAACAGGCAUAUAGAAUUGGUUAUCAGAAUUUAGUUAGCCAAAGACCAAACGUAUUGCUGGCGCAGAGAGCAAAGAUGGAGCUUACAGCGGCCACAACUUCUUCAUUUAUAAACACAACACCUCUCUCGGUUACCAAAAGACCAACAUUCUCGAAUAAAAAUAAGCAAGAUCGUAAUCAUUUUUCAUCGAGUUAUAUUACCACGGAAAAGCCAGUCUCGAGAUAUAUGGUCGAUGGACCAAACGCUGAAUACGUCGAUACUGCCGAAUCCUCAUUGAAAGUCAAGUCAGCCAAUCGGGAUUCAGCGAGUAAGGCCAAGCAGAAUAACAAGAAUCUCAACGACUAUAACAAUCUUCAAUAUUCGGAUCUUCUGAGCUACAAUCCAUCUAUAUCCCAAUAUAUAAAGGAUCCAUCAUCAAUAUUGAACGUUCGACCGACUUUCGUACAAGCUGGAAAUUCUUUAGUACCUGUUAUAAUACUUAGAGUAGACGGAACACCACCGGUUCAACCUAAACCUACGUCCAACAUCAAUCUGAAAGCUCUUCUUCAAGAAUAUUUAAUACAAUAUGCCAACAGUAUAAAGGAAUUAGCUCAGCCGACCAAUUACGAACUUGGAGCGGAACAAUUCAGUCAAACUCAACGUACGAUUCAGGCGGGUAAUCGUUUAUUGCAAUUAGCACGAGAAACGCAAAACGAGAACGACGAUUCUUCUUCAUUGCCGUCUUCUUCUUCUCCUUCUUCCUCCACCUUUCUUUCACAAUCCUUUUAUCCGGUUGCGAAAAAUUACGAAGGAAAUAUAUUUCUAACGCGAGAAGAGGAGACCCGUCCGAUCGUUAAGUUCGGUGAUCGUACUCAUGUAAGACCAAAAACAAAAAGCGUUCAAAUUAUCGACGAUCAGAGAUAUACCGCUUAGAAUUUUCAAUAUUAUAUAAAAUAUGUUAUCCGUACCUGAUAACGAAAUUAUCGUGUCAUAGUUAUUAAUAUCUUUGAUGAAAGAACAUUAAUUGAGAUGCAAUUGAUUUCACGAGGAAUAAUAGCUUUUCGUGGAAGCGUUCUAUAAAAAGAACAAAAAAAAAAAAAAGAAGAAUAAUGGAACUAAUUCAUUCGUUAUUAGAUUUUACUUUGAUUUAGUAUUUAACAAGGGAUUGUGCAAUAUGGCCUCUAUUCGUGUGUUACAUUCCUGCAGAUUAAUUUAGAUGGAAUUGAUAGAAUAGUUAAUCUAACAAUCAUUGUCUCCUAUAAUUAAACCAAAUGACGAGUACGGGCCAAUACUCGAAUAUUUGAUGUACCUGUAUAUUGAUUUAUUUACGAUUCUACGUUUGUACGAUGAGUCUAUUAUAUCGAAUUUACAUUCUUAAAUUAAAACGAGGAAACAGGGAUAUAACACCAAACAGCGUCACUUCGAAAAGGUACCUUGUAAAAACUUAGCUAGUAAGAAGAAAGAUUUCAAAUAUAUGAUGACAGUGGUUGCGAGUUAUUAUACGUUGUUUGUAAGAAAGUACAUAUCUUCAUCUUCUUUUCCUUUUUUUUUAAUCUUUUUUUUUUUUCUUUCCUUUUUUUUAUCGUGAAAGUCACACCUCUCUCGCAAUCUUCCUACUCACUUGACGUUAAUAAUUGCAUGCGAAUGAAAGGGACAUGAUUGAGAGAUACUGCGGUAAGUAUUAUAUUGAACAUAAUUAAGAAUAUUGAAAUAUUAUAAAUUACAUGAAAUAAUUAAAUAAUUAUAUUCGAAUUACAAGACAAUCAUUGAUUGCGUGUGUAUCCUUGAAUUUUAACGAGAAGAAGUAAAGAAAAGAAAAGAUCGUCGGCUAAAUAUUUUUGUGUGCAAGUUUUAACAAAAAAAGAAACAAAAAAAAGAAAAGACCUUUGUAUGAAUAUUAAAAAAAUUUCCAAUUAAAUUUCCAACAAAGUAUAUCCACAUUAGGCUUAUCUCAUAAUCGUAUAAAAUUAUUCAACAAAAAUUGUGCGUACGCGUAAUUGCGAAUAAAUAAUAGAUAUAUCAUUGGCAUUCUUGUUAAUUAAAAUGUUAUUUACCGCGUUUUAUCAUGCAGACAAGCAAUUAACAUUAAUUGUCGACUUGGUGAAAGAAAAAAGAAGAAGGAAUGUUCCAAGUUGGCAAGGUGAUUGGUAGAUUUUAAUGCCACGUUUUCACAAUAGCAAGAGCUACCCAAGAUGAUAUCUCUAAGAAUCUACGAAGCACGAAUUAGCUAAAAGCAAUUAGGUAGAUAGAGUUUGUAUCAAAGUCGAAGAAGUUCGUGCGAGUGUGAGCGCGCGCUCACAAGUUUUCACACUGACAAAAGAGAAUUACCGUCUCUUUUGAAUUACACUUAAACUAUUAAAAAUCCUUUCCAUCGCAUAGAACGUGUUGCAUCGGGAGGAGCGCGUGCAUCGAGCAUAAUGCGUGUGUUCUAGAGCGCAUAAAACUAUGAGUAGAAAAAGUACUGACCGUUUAACUUGUAAAAAUUUUCUUUCAAACGUUUUUACAUUUCGAAAAGGGACAUAUUAAGUUUUAUCGAUGAAUAAACUUUAAAAAAAAAAGAAAUUUUCUAUGGCGAUACUAAUGUAUUUAAGGAAAAAAUUUUCACGAUUAUCGAAACAGAAUCUUAGACGCUUAAUUACAUCCGUUCGUACGAAAUUAUAUCAUAAAGAUUUUACACCACUGUUAUAAUUGGUUUCUAUACGAAAGUAUGGAAACUCGAGUUAAACGUCCGUUUGGUUAAAGACGAUAUCUCAUAAUUGAAACACACCUAUUUCCGAUCUUAUUUCCGUGCUGUAAUUUCUUUUCAUCUGAAGAGUUUGACGUAUAUACACCAUAAUGUUUAGUACCCGUAUCCGAUAUAAGAGAGGAAUCGGACAACAUU